CCCUCGGACGCGCCUCCGCCUUCAGGUCCCCUGCGGAGGGCGCGGUCUGAGUUGUCUGUCUCUCUACCCCGCUCUGUUUUGUGUCUCUGGGUGUCUGUGUUUCUCGGUCACUAUUUCUGUCUCUGUACUUUUCUGUGUGUCUCUCCUGUACCCUGUACGUCUCUAUGUCUGUCUCUCUCUGCAACCCUCUGCCUGUCUCUGUCACUCUUUGUCCCUACGUCUCUAUCUCUCCAAAUUCCCGUCUCUGUGUCCCUAUCUCUCUCUGCUUCUGUCUCUCCCUGCGUCUCUCUCUCCCUCUCUGAAUUUCUGUGUCCCAGUCCAUCUUCAAUGAUCUCCCUCUAGCUGCCUCCACCUUUCUGUGUCUCUUUCCCGCGUCUGCAUGCCUAGCCGGACAGCGGGGGCGCCUUGCCCUCAGGGUUUCCACAGCCUCCUACGGCUUUGGCGCCGUCAGGGUGGACAGCUCGGCGGGCCGCGGGCGCCCCCGUGUGGCCCGCAGGGGGCUGUAAGGAGAGAACCGCAGGCUGAGGGCGCGCGCCCGCACGGGUGUGCCUGGAGCAGAACACUGUGGCCGCCCGUGGGUGACACCGGGAGGUAGUGUGUGACGCCAAGAGACUCACUGUCCAUGUCCAACAACAUGGCCAAGAUAGCGGAGGCCCGGAAGACGGUGGAACAGCUGAAGCUGGAGGUGAACAUCGACCGUAUGAAGGUGUCACAGGCGGCGGCCGAGCUCCUGGCCUUCUGCGAGACUCACGCCAAAGACGACCCGUUGGUGACGCCGGUACCCGCCGCAGAGAACCCCUUCCGCGACAAGCGCCUCUUUUGCGUCCUGCUCUGAACCCUCCCGACCGCUUACCCUCCCCUGUCAAAGUAUGAAUCCAAUAAACGUGGUGACAGUG